AUGGAUGACACUCAGGCUAUGAGCUUUGACCACCACAAUCUCUCAGCACAACCCACACUCACUGGCAAAGGAGGAAGAGUUAUGUACAGAGGAAGAGGCAGUAGGGGUGCUAGCACUAGUAGGGGUGCAUCCAUAAGCAGAGGUGCUAGCAACAACAUAGGAGGUGGCAGGGGAGCUAGCACAAGCAAAGGUGGGAGGGGUGCAUCUACCAGAGGUAGUAGAGGUGGGAGAGGUGCAUCAACCACCACAAGCAGAGGUGGGAGAGGUGCAUCAACCACCACAAGCAGAGGUGGGAGAGGUGCAUCAACCACCACAAGCAGAGGUGGGAGGGGUGCAUCAACCUCCAACAUCAUGGAUAGUAAGGUACUAACUCUUUUAUGA